GCCAAAGUCGGGUGAUCUCUUUUGUUAAAACACAGUCGUGUGAUCUCAAGCGUCUUCUCUCAUAAACCUAGAAACUAAUCCCAGACAUAAAAAAUAACAUGAAACUUUCAGCUUAUAUCAUUCAUACCAUUCUCUUCAUGUCGAUUGUAUUUGAUAAAAUAAAAUACAAUGAGGCAAGACAGUUGCAAACAGACGGUAAAGAUCGUGAUCAUCAAUUCACGGCCGGUUACACUGAUGAUUUCGGGCCUACUUCACCAGGUAAUAGUCCGGGCAUUGGUCAUAAGAUGAAGGAGAAUAAUGAUACUGUUGAAGGGCUUAAAGAUGACUUCAUGAAGCCUACAGCGACACCAGGACAUAAUUCCGACGUUGGACAUGCUGUCAAGAACAGUGAGCCUAAGGCUUAAAAAGAUUCAUAUAGUUUAGGGUACUGCUUAGUUGCUUUUACUAAAUUACUAUGUU